AAAAAUGUUUUUCAUAGUAUGCGUUAAUUAUUAUAUUUUUCCCCUCUAUCCAAGGGUUAGAAAAGAUUUACUAGGGUAUUUGAUAUGAGGAUCUACCCUGGGAGCAUUUUGUAAAUUGCUCCCCUCCAUCUGGUGAACCCUAUAAAGAAACUCAAAUUCUGUGUUGUGGUGGAGAGAUAUUAGUUACUUUUAGCAAAGUUUAAAGGGUAUAUUUAAUAGGAAAUGAAAAUGAAAGGAAGAAUUUUAAAUGUAAAGGAGGAUCCAGAGUGAUGACUAUCAAAAGAAAACCAUGGCUAAGUGUUGUCUGGGGAAACCUUCCUUUUCUGAUACAAACUCUGAUCAGUUCCCACAGGUAUAGAAAAUGUGUCUUCAAAGUAAGAUUUCUCUAGCCAUACUUUAGGAUGCUGGAAAACUUCUGUAGCUAUGUUUCCAAUUCGGUUUUAUGAUGUUAAUAUCUUUUUUGGGUUAGGAACAUAAAACCUGAAAAAAAAUUAUAUAAUAUGUAUUUUUUUAAAGACUUAACUAGGCAAGACUAUAAAAUAUGUCUUUUUCAAAUUCAAUUGAGUUAUAUAUGUGAGACAGUUUUGGUGGGAUUUUUCUAUUCAUCAAGUUGGAUUUAGGAAGAGAUCUGUCAUCCUAAUAGGUUAAAUGGGGAUAACAUCUAGUCUUCAAUUGUAUCUUACCAUGACAUUGAAUAAAAUUUUACCAAUAUUUAUGUUGAAGGUAAAAUAUCUGCUUCCUCAUGAAACAAAAGAAUAACUAUAAUCCAUAUGAAGUGAAUUCAUAACUCUUUUAAAAACUCGCUUACAAAUGAAUUGUUUUUAUCAACAGAAAGGCAGAAUGAUUUCUGCUUUUUCUUGGAAGAGCUUGCUUAAAAUAAUAGAACUGGUUUAUUAGAAACUAAUCAAAUGUCCAGUGAAUUGCUAGUUUUCUAUUUUUUUGUUUGAAGAAAAGAAAUUUAUUCAAUCCUCAUCUUUAAGGAGAAUUCAUUUCUGGGGUUAUGAGAAUGUGCUUGUAUUACUUACAUGGGGGAUACCUAGAAAACUUGGAUUUAAAGCAUAGAUUUCUUUUCGUUCUGUUUUACUCUUAAGAUUAUUCAGUUUUUAAAGAAAUAUCAUUACUGUUUAAGAUUAUCCCUGUAAUGAGAAAUCACAGCAUGCCUCUUGAAAAAUGGUUCCACUUCAUCUUUUCUCAUUCAUUUGCUAGCACGAUUAUAAAUGCAUGAGUGCAGUGCGUGGCUAUUCAGGUCAAAUUCUCUUUCAGGACUGAUGUUCCUGUUAUACAGUUUAUCCAUCUAUUAACAUCCUGAAAUGUCAAAAGCUUCAUUUUUUAAGAGUAGAAUGUCAGUUUCUUUUUUACUUAGAGCAAUUUAGCCAGCACAAAAAGGAAGAGAUUUGACAGUCAUAGCUGUCAGGGCAAAGAUUGGCCGAUGAUUUGAGGAAAUAGGCAUAAAUAUAUAUCAGGGUACCUGCAGUUUAUGUAUCUCUAGGACAAUUCAUGUGGUGAAGUGGAAAGACAAAUUUGGUGUAUCUGUGUGAAAAGAGCUGCAUCUAGCUCCUAAAUUUCAGGGUUUUGAGAAAUAGUUAUUCCUAUAAACUCUUUUCUUUAAACGCUUAAGUGACUUUUAUAUUGUAACCCAGUGUAUCAUUGUCUUGUAGGAGAAAAGACGUUUUCAUUUAAGUACUGUUUACACCUAACUAUUUGAAGCUGUGAUCUCAUAAUUUUAAAAAAUUCAUUUCACUGAUAAUUCGAGUUUUAUUUAUUAUGAACAUGUUGAUAGAAAACUAAGGAAGUCUUAUAUAUGUAGAAAAGGUGUUGGAUAGAGAACAAAGACUCUAUUAGAUAUUCUAUCUGUACUUAUUUAUUGCAUAUAAAAUGAAUCAUAUAAAAUACUGAAAUUGCUUUAAAAAUACUGUAAAUUAUAUUCAGAUCAGUGGGAGACUACACAAACUGUACAUAUCCCUAUUUUCAAGUUGUCAGUCAAAUCCAAUUAGCUUCCUCCGAAACCUCUCGAAAAAUUCUCUUGUGGGAAAAUGGAUUGGGGUGGCUGGCUGUUUUCCUUUUUCAUUUCAUAACUGAUUUGGACCUGAGCAAUGAUUUGGUUGUUACCCAUGCUCCGUAUGGAUUGAAAAUAUCUUCCUAUGUUGUGGGAGUCCGUGCAGUCCUGGAAGGUCUGUGAAGCUAAGUCUUUGCUCCUUUGUGAAAGUUUCAUUCUCUGAAGAGUACUGUACUGCCUUGAGAAGGCCUAUCUGUUUGUGCUUUUCCUCUCUAAAAAGCAAAGUCAAGAGCAUGGAGGUUACAGGUUAGUUUGGUGGCUUGUUUUCCUCAGCGUGUGAGGGGUAGGGUGGUGUGAGGGUGGAAAUGGGUCUCAUUAUGCCUUUCAGUUUAUUCGUUUGUUGGUCCUCUGUCAACCUGCCAGCCCUCUCUGUGGGAUAACUGCCCUUUGUAUAAUAAUCUGCCAACAUUCAUGGUGGUUACAUUCACUGUACCCAUUCUACUGUGGCACUCCAUUACGACUGGGUUUUGAAUGCAAAGCUUCAUGAUAUCUGGUAUAAACAGUGUGCUGAACAACAAAGGCAUCCUUUGUAUUUCUUAGUUUUCUUACAAUCCCAUUUUUUUACUAGCUUUGAAGAGGGGAUUUUCUUAAAAUAGGGAGGAAAAUGCAUGCAGUCACCACUCUGUUCCAUACUUUCAUAAGGCAGUGUUUGGGGUGGGGAGGUGCAGCUGAUUUGUUCCUUAGACUAAAAUGGGCUACAUUUGAGGCUAAUUUCCUACCUGUGGAGGUGUGGAUGAAUUGCCCUUUGUUUUCUUGCAGUUUCCUUGCCUGGCAGGUGGCCACAUUGAUUAUUCCUGGCAUGUGCUUUAGAAGUGCCUCUCUGAUCCUGACAUGUUUAAUUUGGUAUAUCGGAGGAAAAAAACAUGGAUUUUUAGCAGUUGAAGAGGAAAUUAAGGUUUCAGAUUUGAAAUAUUGGUGUUUCUGUUCCGGAGGAAUUUUUCUUUUUCUUUUUAAUUUAAAGAACAAUCAUCAGUCUUGGAAUACAGAAGGGGAACUAGAAAUACACGUAUUUUGUUCCAUAUUUGAACACUCCUUCUUGAGGAUUACUCCCUACCUGAGUAGACAGCCAUGUGGCCAUCGCAGCUACUAAUUUUCAUGACGCUGUUAGCUCCAAUAAUUCAUGGUGGCAAGCACAGUGAGCGACAUCCAGCCCUUGCUGCUCCAUUGCGACAUGCUGAGCGCAGCCCAGGAGGCGCUCUUCCACCCAGACAUCUGCUUCAGCAGCCAGCUGCAGAGCGCACCGCUGCUCAUCGCGGACAAGGGCCCCGUGGAGCUACCAGAGGAGUUCGUGGUCCAGGUGCCCAAGGAGCACAGAUUGCAGCCCAAGCUUUCAGCCGUGCCCCGAUUCCGAUGGCUGUGGUCCGAAGAGAGCUAUCCUGUGAGAGCUAUCCUAUAGAGCUCCGCUGUCCAGGAACAGAUGUCAUCAUGAUAGAAAGUGCCAACUAUGGCAGGACUGAUGACAAAAUUUGUGACUCUGACCCUGCUCAGAUGGAGAAUAUCCGAUGUUAUCUGCCAGAUGCCUAUAAGAUUAUGUCUCAAAGAUGCAAUAACAGAACCCAGUGUGCAGUGGUGGCAGGUCCUGAUGUUUUUCCAGACCCGUGUCCAGGAACCUAUAAAUACCUUGAAGUGCAGUAUGAAUGUGUCCCUUACAAAGUGGAACAAAAAGUUUUUCUUUGUCCUGGACUACUAAAAGGAGUAUACCAGAGUGAACAUUUGUUUGAAUCCGACCACCAAUCUGGGGCAUGGUGCAAAGACCCUCUACAGGCAUCUGACAAGAUUUAUUAUAUGCCCUGGACUCCCUACAGAACUGAUACCCUGACUGAGUAUUCAUCCAAGGAUGACUUCAUUGCUGGAAGACCAACUACAACCUACAAGCUCCCUCAUAGGGUGGAUGGCACAGGAUUUGUUGUGUAUGAUGGAGCUUUGUUCUUCAAUAAAGAGCGCACCAGGAACAUAGUCAAGUUUGAUUUGCGAACUAGGAUAAAGAGUGGAGAGGCUAUCAUAGCAAAUGCCAAUUACCACGAUACCUCACCCUAUCGAUGGGGAGGCAAAUCUGACAUAGACCUGGCAGUAGAUGAGAAUGGGUUAUGGGUAAUCUAUGCAACAGAACAAAACAAUGGUAAAAUUGUCAUUAGUCAAUUGAACCCUUACACCCUACGGAUCGAAGGAACAUGGGAUACCGCAUAUGAUAAAAGGUCAGCUUCCAAUGCCUUUAUGAUUUGUGGAAUCCUGUAUGUGGUCAAAUCUGUAUAUGAGGAUGAUGACAAUGAGGCCACUGGGAAUAAGAUUGACUACAUUUAUAACACUGACCAAAGCAAGGAUAGUUUGGUGGAUGUACCCUUUCCCAAUUCAUACCAGUACAUUGCAGCUGUGGAUUACAACCCCAGGGACAACCUUCUUUAUGUAUGGAAUAACUACCACGUCGUGAAAUAUUCUUUGGAUUUUGGACCUCUGGAUAGUAGAUCAGGGCAGACACAUCAUGGACAAGUUUCAUACAUUUCUCCACCAAUUCACCUUGACUCUGAGCUAGAAAGACCGUCUGUUAAAGAUAUCUCUACCACAGGACCUCUUGGCAUGGGAAGCACGACCACCAGUACCACCCUUCGGACCACAACUUUGGGCCCGGGAAGGAGUACCACGCCGUCAGUGUCAGGAAGGAGAAACCGGAGUACUAGCACCCCAUCUCCAGCUGUCGAGGUGCUUGAUGACAUGACCACACACUUUCCAUCAGCAUCGUCCCAAAUCCCAGCUCUCGAAGAGAGCUGUGAGGCUGUGGAAGCCCGAGAAAUCAUGUGGUUUAAGACUCGUCAAGGACAGAUAGCAAAGCAGCCAUGCCCUGCAGGAACUAUAGGUGUAUCAACUUAUCUGUGCCUUGCUCCUGAUGGAAUUUGGGAUCCCCAAGGACCCGAUCUCAGCAACUGUUCUUCUCCUUGGGUCAAUCAUAUAACACAGAAGUUGAAAUCUGGUGAGACAGCUGCCAACAUUGCUAGAGAGCUGGCUGAACAGACAAGAAAUCACUUGAAUGCUGGGGACAUCACCUACUCUGUCCGAGCCAUGGAUCAGCUGGUAGGCCUCCUAGAUGUACAGCUUCGGAACUUGACCCCAGGUGGAAAAGAUAGUGCUGCACGGAGUUUGAACAAGCUUCAGAAAAGAGAGCGCUCUUGCAGAGCCUAUGUCCAGGCAAUGGUCGAGACAGUUAACAACCUCCUUCAGCCACAAGCUUUGAAUGCGUGGAGAGACCUGACUACGAGCGAUCAGCUGCGUGCGGCCACCAUGUUGCUUCAUACGGUGGAGGAAAGUGCUUUUGUGCUGGCUGAUAACCUUUUGAAGACUGACAUUGUCAGGGAGAACACAGACAAUAUUAAAUUGGAAGUUGCAAGGCUGAGCACAGAAGGAAACUUAGAAGACCUAAAAUUUCCAGAAAACAUGGGCCAUGGAAGCACUAUCCAGCUGUCUGCAAACACUUUAAAGCAAAAUGGUCGAAAUGGAGAGAUCAGAGUGGCCUUUGUCCUGUAUGAUAACUUGGGUCCUUAUUUGUCCACGGAGAAUGCCAGUAUGAAGUUGGGAACAGAAGCUUUGUCCACAAAUCAUUCUGUUAUUGUCAAUUCCCCUGUUAUUACAGCAGCAAUAAACAAAGAGUUCAGUAACAAGGUUUAUUUGGCUGAUCCUGUGGUGUUUACUGUUAAACAUAUCAAGCAGUCAGAGGAGAAUUUCAACCCUAACUGUUCAUUUUGGAGCUACUCCAAGCGCACAAUGACAGGUUAUUGGUCAACACAAGGCUGUCGGCUCCUGACAACAAAUAAGACACAUACUACAUGCUCUUGUAACCACCUAACAAAUUUUGCAGUACUGAUGGCACAUGUGGAAGUUAAGCACAGUGAUGCAGUCCAUGACCUCCUUCUGGAUGUGAUCACAUGGGUUGGAAUUUUGCUGUCCCUUGUUUGUCUCCUGAUUUGCAUCUUCACAUUUUGCUUUUUCCGCGGGCUCCAGAGUGACCGUAACACCAUCCACAAGAACCUCUGCAUCAGUCUCUUUGUAGCAGAGCUGCUCUUCCUGAUUGGGAUCAACCGAACCGACCAGCCAAUUGCCUGUGCUGUUUUUGCUGCCCUCUUACAUUUCUUCUUCUUGGCUGCCUUCACCUGGAUGUUUCUGGAGGGGGUGCAGCUCUAUAUCAUGCUGGUGGAGGUUUUUGAGAGUGAACAUUCACGUAGGAAAUACUUUUAUCUGGUUGGCUAUGGGAUGCCGGCACUCAUUGUGGCUGUGUCCGCUGCAGUAGACUACAGGAGUUAUGGAACAGAUAAAGUAUGUUGGCUCCGACUUGACACCUACUUCAUUUGGAGUUUUAUAGGACCAGCAACCUUGAUAAUUAUGCUUAAUGUAAUCUUCCUUGGGAUUGCUUUAUAUAAAAUGUUUCAUCAUACUGCUAUACUGAAACCUGAAUCAGGCUGUCUUGAUAAUAUCAACUAUGAGGAUAACAGACCCUUCAUCAAGUCAUGGGUUAUAGGUGCAAUAGCUCUUCUCUGCCUAUUAGGAUUGACCUGGGCCUUUGGACUCAUGUAUAUUAAUGAAAGCACAGUCAUCAUGGCGUAUCUCUUCACCAUUUUCAAUUCUCUACAGGGAAUGUUUAUAUUUAUUUUCCAUUGUGUCCUACAGAAGAAGGUACGAAAAGAGUAUGGGAAAUGCCUACGAACACAUUGCUGUAGUGGCAAAAGUACAGAGAGUUCCAUUGGUUCAGGGAAAACAUCUGGUUCUCGAACUCCUGGACGCUACUCCACAGGUUCACAGAGCCGAAUCCGUAGAAUGUGGAAUGACACGGUUCGAAAGCAGUCAGAGUCUUCCUUUAUUACUGGAGAUAUAAACAGUUCAGCAUCACUCAACAGAGGAGCCAUGGCUAAUCAUCUUAUAAGCAAUGCUCUGCUUCGUCCGCAUGGUACUAACAAUCCCUAUAAUACAUUGCUGGGGGAACCGGCGGUCUGUAACAACCCUUCUGUCAGCAUGUACAACACACAAGAGCCCUACAGAGAGACAAAGGGGCUUCUGAACAAUGCCAGGGAUACAAGUGUCAUGGAUACUCUACCACUGAAUGGUAACCAUGGCAAUAGUUACAGCAUUGCCAGCGGCGAAUACCUGAGCAACUGUGUGCAAAUCAUAGACCGUGGCUACAACCAUAACGAGACCGCCCUAGAGAAAAAGAUUCUGAAGGAACUCACUUCCAACUAUAUCCCUUCUUACCUGAACAACCACGAGCGCUCCAGUGAACAGAACAGGAAUCUGAUGAACAAGCUGGUGAAUAACCUUGGCAGUGGAAGAGAAGAUGAUGCCAUUGUCCUGGAUGAUGCCACCUCGUUUAACCAUGAGGAGAGUUUGGGCCUGGAACUCAUUCAUGAGGAAUCUGAUGCUCCUUUGCUGCCCCCAAGAGUAUACUCCACUGAGAACCACCAGCCACACCAUUAUACCAGAAGGCGGAUCCCCCAAGACCACAGUGAGAGCUUUUUCCCUUUGCUAACCAACGAGCACACAGAAGAGCUCCAGUCACCCCAUAGAGACUCUCUCUAUACCAGCAUGCCGACACUGGCUGGUGCGGCCGCCACAGAGAGUGUUACCACCAGCACCCAGACCGAACCUCCACCGGCCAAAUGUGGUGAUGCCGAAGAUGUUUACUACAAAAGCAUGCCAAACCUAGGCUCCAGAAACCACGUCCAUCAGCUGCACACUUACUACCAGCUAGGUCGUGGCAGCAGUGAUGGAUUUAUAGUUCCUCCCAACAAAGAUGGGACCCCACCCGAGGGAAGUUCAAAAGGACCUCCUCAUUUGGUCACUAGUCUAUAGAAGAUGACACAGAAAUUGAAACCAACAAAACUGCUAACACCUUGUUGACUAUUCUGAGUUGAUAUAAGCAGUGGUAAUAAUGUGUGUACUCCUAAAUCUUUAUGCUGUCCUCAAAAGACAAACACAAACUCUCAGACUUUUUUUUAAUGGGAUUUUUAGGUCAGCCCAGGGGAGAAAAAUAACUGCUAAAAUUCCCCUGUUGUACCCCAUCCUUUCUUGUCCUUUCCCCUUCAGAUGGAGACUUCAUUAUGUUAAUGAACAAGAUAUGAAGAAAAUGGCACUCAUUGUGGCCUUGUUGAAUUAUGUUGUGUAUGGUUUAACAUCUCUGAUGCUCUGUUACUAAAAUUACAAGGACCUGCUUUUUAAAAGGCCAGAACAGUUGUCUGAAAUUAGUAACAAUGCUGCAUCUAGAUUGGAGUGAUGCACAAAUAUAAAAGCAAAGCAAAACUGUUUCACCUAGUGAUUUUGGUCACUCACAACCUGAAUUCACCACAGCUGGAAUAGCUGCGGAAAACAGUAAAACAACAAAAUUAAUAAUGAAAUGGAGGGGAAUUCUAGAAUUAUAUGCUAAAUGCAUAUUUUAUGAUUUGCUGUAUUAACUGAUGAUAAAACUAAUGGCAGAAAAAAAGUUGAACAAUUUCUAUGUAAUGUACAGAUACUAGCAUUGCACAUAUAGUCUGCUUUCUGUUCCUCCAGAAUUUGAGUCCUGUUAAUGUAGUAGGAAAAAAAAAAUUUUUUCUUUUUCUUUUGUGCUGGUCUUGCAAGUUUGUCUACCAGUAAGAGAGCAAAGUUUCCUUCCUUUCUUCUCUUUCUUUCUUCAUUUUCUUUUACUUUCUUUUUUUCUAUUUUUCUUUUUUUCCUUUAAAAUUUCACCUGGCAAAAAAAUAAAUAAAUAAAUGAAACUAUCACUUUAUAAGAAUCAUUUUCUAGUAAUGCAAACAAAUUAUUUUUUACAAAAAAAAUAAAAUAAAUAAGACUUCCUUCCCUCACUAUAUAUCUUUAUGCAGUCAGAAUAUUUCCAACAGUGUUUUUUCUGUAAAUUAGAGCAGUACAGACUCUUAUGUUUACAGGGCACAUUUGUUGUAAUGCAAAGCAUAUUUGGCAAGCGGUUCAUCACCAGAACACUAGCUAUGAUUCUAGAAGUCAAGAGGUGUCUAUAGUGGGGCCUCUGCAUGUGAAAACGGUUUUCCAUAGGCAUUAAAUGCUGAAUACUCAGUCUGAUCCCCUAGUGGGCACCUGCACUACCAAUUUUUAGAGGAAAUUCACUCCGUUGUAGUAAGAAUUGAAAGGUCAAACUAUUUUGAAGUGAUUAAAAAAAAAGUCUUCUGUUUAUUAACAGGAAAAAUUAUUUAUUUGACAGGAUUUUGAGUAAUGUAGGAAUACAAGAGGUAAAUUAGCAGCACAUAAAUUUUUUUUUUUAAUUUAUGAUCCAUUUUGUAUGGUCUCAAAGUUGGAUGACCUCAUUACUAAUAUUUGUUGUAAAAGUGAAACUUGUUUGCCAACCAAUAAACAACUGAUUGAGAUUUAGAAGA